GGCUGGGUUGUGAACUUUCCGACAGCAAAGCGAUAUUUGUUAAACAUUUUUAGUCGCUGAUUGAUCAUUCAAAAGGCUUAUAGGCUAAAAUGGAAAUUGCUUUUCACGGAAAACGGGCUCUAGUAACCGGUGCAAGUCAAGGAAUUGGUCGUGAAAUUGUCAAACAACUUGUAAAAUGUGGCGCAAAAGUUGUUGCCGUUAGUAGAAAUAAAAAUUUGCUAGAAUCGUUAAAAGCUGAGGUGCCGUCAGUUGAAAUCAUUGUGGUGGAUCUUUCGAAUUGGGCUGAAACUGAGAAAGCCUUAAAAAAUGUAGGACCUGUAGAUCUGUUAGUUAAUAAUGCAGGAUUAGCUAUUUUGGAGCCGAUAGGACAAAUACCACAAGAAAGUGUUGACAGGAUUUUCGAUAUAAACGUAAAAGCGGUAAUCAAUGUUACGCAAAUAGUUGCAAAAGGUUUGAUAGCACGUAAAGCACCCGGAGCGAUCGUCAACAUUUCUUCUCAAGCGUCGAAAGUUGGACUUCAAGAUCACGCUGCUUAUUGCGCUUCGAAAGGGGCCGUUGAUGCAUUUACAAGGGUUGCUGCCCUCGAACUCGGUCCCCAUAAUAUUCGUGUUAACACUGUUAAUCCUACCGUCAUUCUGACCGAUAUGGGCAAAUUAGGUUGGUCGGAUGCUGCGAAAGCAGGACCGAUGCUUGAAAAAAUUCCUCUAAAACGUUUCGGGGAAGUACACGAGGUAGUUGAUGCUAUACUCUAUCUUCUGAGUGACAAAGCUAGCUUGGUUAAUGGUGUUUCACUUCUAACAGACGGCGGAUACGUUGCUGUGUCAAGUAAAAUGAAUAUUUCCUUUGUAGGAAAACAGGCAUUAGUUACUGGAGCCGCUUCAGGAAUAGGGAAAGAAAUAACCCAGAGAUUAGUUCAAUGUAAUGCUAAAGUUAUUGCGGUUGAUAUAAACCCCGAAUUGCUAAAUUCGUUGAAAAGAGAAAUUCCCACGGUUACGCCCCUAGCGUUGGAUCUUUCGAAAUGGGAAAACGUAAACAAUUUAAAUCUAUUAGAAUUAGGCCAUGUUGACUUACUUGUUAAUUGUGCUGGGGUUUGUUUCGAAGAAAAAAUUACUGAAAUAACCGAAAGAAAUGUUGAUAGACAAUUUGAUGUUAAUACAAAGCUCAUAAUCAAUUUGACCCGAAAGGUGGCUUCCGAUCUUAUUUCUCGUAAUGUUCCCGGAUCGAUUGUAAAUAUUUCCUCUCAAGCGUCGAUGGCUGGCAUAGUUCUUCAGUCUGUUUACUGCGCCACGAAAGGUGCUGUGGAUGCAUUUACACGUGCCGCAGCCCUUGAACUUGGUCCCUAUGGUAUUCGGGUCAACAGCGUCAAUCCGACUAUAAUUAUGACUGAAAUGGGACGAAGGGCAUGGUCGGAUCCUGUUAAAUCGGCUCCGAUGUUGGCCAAAAUACCACUGGGAAGAUUUGGUAAAGUCGAAGAAGUAGCAGACGCAGUAAUAUAUCUUCUUAGUGACAGGGCAAGUUUAAUUAACGGGGCUUGUUUACCUGUUGAUGGGGGAUUUUUGGCAAAUUAAAAUAAAUCUAGCGGUAAGUGCAAAUCACAACUAUUAGCUUUCACAACCUUUAAGGUCGUAUUAAUUACUUUUAAAAAUAAAAAAGUAGAAAAAGCGUCCUUAAACAAUUGUAAAUAACUUAGAAGUAACCAUAUAAAUAUCUAAGUUAAGUUGUGGUUAUUAAGUAAUAGUAAAUAAUAAAGAAAUGCUUUAAUUUUGAAAA